GAGCACAGUACUUUAAAACCAGACAGGCACAAACACAAGCCAAUAGUACUGAAUGAGAGCGACCGAGGCUUAUAUUGAGAAGCAGCAUCAGUAGGCAGAAAUAAGUUACACUUGAUUCCAGUAUCUCUUUCUGGUAGGAACAUGGCCUUACAAACAAAGCACAACUCAGUUCUGCUGCUUAGCCUCAUGUGUUCUGUUCUGUUGUUCAGCCGGGUGUUCUGCGAAAACGAAGCCGAAGAAGAUGAGCACUCGAAACAUUUGUACACGGCUGAGAUGUUCACAAAUGCCAUUGAGACCAGCCCGCACUUCGUCAUGUUCUUCGCUCCUUGGUGUGGUCACUGUAAGAGGCUACAGGGAACAUGGAAUGAGAUGGGGGACAAAUACAAUAAUAUGGAAAACCCCCCAGCCUAUGUAGUCAAGGUGGACUGCACUCAACAAACCUCACUCUGCUCUGAGCAGGGAGUCCGUGGAUACCCCACGCUGAAGCUGUUCAAACCUGACCAGGAAGCCGUAAAGUACCAGGGUGCUCGUGACUUGCAGACACUCGAAAACUGGAUGCUGAAGACUCUGGAUGAGGAGCCUGCUCAGCCAGAGUCUGAACUUGAGCCACCCAAAGCCCCUGAACCAAAGCAGGGCAUGUAUGAUCUCACAGCUUCUAACUUCAAGGCACAUGUUGAUCAAGGAUAUCACUUAAUUAAAUUCUUUGCUCCUUGGUGUGGACACUGCAAAGCCCUUGCCCCAACCUGGGAGCAGCUGGCUUCUGUCUUUGAGCACUCUGAAACAGUCAAAAUAGGCAAGGUUGACUGUACUCAACAUUAUGAGAUUUGCUCUCAGAAUCAAGUGCGUGGAUAUCCCACUCUCAUAUGGUUUAAGAAUGGAGAAAAGGUUGAUCAGUACAGAGGGAAGAGGGACCUGGAUUCCCUGAAGGAGUUUGUGGACUCCCAGCUAAAGGUUGCCUCUGAGGCUGCUGAGGACACUUUAGACAAUGAGGUACAACAGCCUGCUGAAGAAGCUGCAAAGGAGGAGCACGAGGAGCAGGAGUCCACUGUCCUUACCUUGGGUGAAAGUAACUUUGAUGAGACGGUUGCCAAAGGGCUUUCUUUUAUCAAGUUUUAUGCCCCAUGGUGCGGUCACUGUAAAAAUCUUGCUCCUAUUUGGGAAGAUCUCUCUAAGAAGGAGUUCCCUGGCCUGACAGAUGUGAAGAUUGCCAAAGUAGACUGUACUGUCGAGCGGACACUCUGCAAUCGCUUCUCUGUCAGAGGCUACCCAACUCUACUGAUGUUCCGGGCUGGUCAACAAGGUGAUGAACAUAAUGGAGGCAGAGAUCUUGAAAGUUUGCAUAGCUUUGUGAUGCGCCAGGCCAGAGAUGAACUGUAACACACAGUUGCCCCUUCUAGCUUUCUUUUACUAUUAUUUGCUUUCAGACCUUGAUUCUGUUACUGUUUUGUUACAUUGCUGAUAAUGUGUAGGGGAGAUGUGCUUAUCUGGACCGAUCUUACAGUCAUUUAAGUGGGUGAGAGAGGGGACUAAUUAACGAGUAAAAGUUGUGAAGUUUGUGUGUUUUUUUUUUUUUUUUUUUUUUUUUUUUUUUUGUUUGAUUUGUUUUUAUUAAGCAUUCAUCAGCAGGUCCACAACUGCCAAUUCUUCUCAUGCACCAGUGUUUGUGUGUGUGUGUGUGUGUGUGUCUCAUAUAUAUAUAUAUAUAUAUAUAUAUAUAUAUAUAUAUAUAUAUAUAUAUAUAUAUAUAUAUAUAUAUAGGGAAUACUACAUUUCUGCGCAAACCACUUUACCAGCAGGUUCAAUGAACCAAUGUAGUUUUAUUUACUGGGUUAUUUUAUUGUCAUUCAGUUUGCUUGACUGAGGCUUAAAAGUGAAGGCAGAUAGCACAGGACAGUGAAGUAGGGUUUCCUGCAUAUGAGAAUUUUGGGUUGUCUUUCCAGGACUGUUGAUUGAUUUGCUACAUUGUAAUGGCAAUGUCUUUCUUACUGUAACUAGUAAACCAUCAAAAUGGAGAUUCUGAACUCAGUAUAUGCUAAUAAGUUUUGACACACAAUGCUGUAUUUCAUUUCUCUGGUAUGGUUAGAACAGACUUCUGGCCUAGAAAAGUUAGUUGUUGAUUUGAUGAUCUGGUUUAAUGUAUGUAGCUUCCAAUUAUUUUGCAUCUGGUGAGGCUUGGCUGUAAAGUAGUACCUGUUUAGAAAAUGUGCUGUUCAUGAAUGUAUUUUCACUGUUGUUGGCCAUCUGUGCUUGGAAAAACUGACUGUUUUAAAAGCUGAAGAGUGCUUAUUGUGACAAGGGGUUUGGUGUGUGUAAACUUGAAUUACUUUUUAAACUGUCACUAUUUUACUGCCAGAACUAUGAGAGUUGACACAUGUCUAUAGUAUCAGCUUUCUUAGAAUGACCUUAACAAAGGGGUAGGUAAUAUGUGCAUGUAAUUUGAUGCUUAGAAAAGAAAUAGUGACAGGUGUUUGAUUAAUAAAGAUAGUCUCCAUAAAAGUAUCCUUCUCGUACAGGCCUUACUCCUUCAACGUUGGUAAAUAAAACAAAACACAAUUCUCUAUCAAUUAUCUAACAUUCCAUUGUGUCCACGUAUUUUGCUCAGUGUUCCUAUUGCAGUAUAUUGCUAUGUGAAUUCUUUCCCUAUAUGCCAAGGAUUAUCCCAUGCAUUUAUUUCUUGUCUUUUUUUUUUUUUUUUCCCUACCCUUGUCUGAGUUUGGUACAUGUGGUACUAAAGUCAAAAGCUCUGAAGGCCACUUGUUAACGGGAGGUGCAAAAUGCUUUCUGUUCUUUGCCAUUGACCAACACAACUGUAAAUCUGUCUGGCUUAAAUGUCUUUAUAAAAAUACAGUGCUUCAUACAAACGUCUCGUUUUGUGUGUGGCAGCAUUUUUUAAAGUUAAAUGUAUGCCCGUUCAACCAAGGAAACAAAUGACUGGACAGGAAAACCACUUAAUGUCAGUAAAAUCUUUAUGGAUAACACAAGUUCUAAAAGACGUACACAAGUCUCCAGUGAAGGACAGCUGAUUUGUACAUUGCCCAAGAACAUUCUUUUGUACAAAAAUAAAAUGAAUUGUAAAAUUGUU